AUGUCAACCAAGCCACAGUCAUAUUACCACUACAAGUGGUUAGUCAACAAGGAUCGAUACCCGUUAUCCCCGGGUCAGAAUUUCGCAGACACCAGCUCAGACCUACGUCGUCGUUCGCUUGACGGCGACGUCUACGACGCCCAGAUUCAAACCUCUGUCGACGUUCAGAUUGUCAACCAAGCCAAUACCCAGUAUAUUACCACUACAGUGGUUAGUCAACAGAUCAUACCGACCACUUUUAUCCGAACUCGAUAUUUCACCAACACUCAGUUCCAGACGAGUAUCGUCCAACAAACAACCACAGUUUUCGACAAUAGGGUUGCGACACAAACCAUCCCGGGUCAGGCCGUCCAGCAGACACGCUUCGUCACUUCCACUCGCGUCGUCCCCCAAGUCAGCUACGUCACUCAGACUCGGACGGAGACCCAGGUGGUGCCGGUGGAAGUCACACGCACGCAGGUGCAGACCAUCAACAGACCCUUCACGGAGUUUCUGACGCAGACGACCUACGAAACCCGUCUCGUUACGAUACCCGGGCGUGACGUGGUCCGAACCCGCGUCCAGACCCGCCUGCUGACCUCCGUUAUCAGGCAGCAGCAGCAGGGCAACACCCGCUACGUCACCUCGACCCGCGUCCAGCAGGAGGUGCAGACUCGCUUCGUCCCCGGCCAGAAUGUGGUGAGCACGACGGUGGUGCGUCGCGAGCAGGUCGUCCCGUACACGGACGUGACCACGCGCUUCUCGAACGUCGUCGUCACCCGAGAGCAGGUCGUUACGCGAACCAACUACGCCACGCAGACCCGCGUCCAGACCCAGGUGGUGCCCCAGGAGGUCGUUCGCACCCAGGUGGUCCCAACCACCAUCUUCACCACGCGCUUCGAGACCCGAUUCCAGCCCUUCACGCAGGUGCAGACGGUGACGAGCACGAACUUCAGAACAGGUCCCGCGGUGGUGCAGACCCGAGAGCAGACCCAGACGUCCGUGGUGCAGGCUCCGGGUCAGGACCGGGUCAUCACCAGCGAGGUCGUCCAGACUUCGGUGCGACAGGAGGUCACAUUCCAGACGGUCGGUAGCCCUCAGCAGGUGACUGUCACAAGAACAGUGACCGCUUCCUGUGGCCAGGCUGGAGGUGGGGUUGGCGGAGCAGGGGAGGUGCUUUGGUGGGUCAGUGGAGGGGGCGCAAGUGGAGGUUUUGGUGGGUCAAUGGAGGUGGAUUUGGCGGAUCAAGUGUGGAUUUGGCAAGUGGAGGUGGAUUUGGCGGGUAGUGGAGGUGGAUCAAGUGGAGGUGGAUUUGGUGGGUCAAGUGGAGGUGGAUUUGGCGGAUCAAGUGGAGGUGGAUUUGGUGGGUCAAGUGGAGGUGGAUUUGGCGGAUCAAGUGGAGGUGGAUUUGGCGGAUCAAGUGGAGGUGGAUUUGGUGGGUCAAGUGGAGGUGGGGGUUGGCGGUCGGAUCAAGUGGAGGUGGAUUUGGUGUAG